CGGAAAUACUCAACUCCGACAACGCAUGCGCGCUGCCGCACACUGAGCUAGCAACGUAGUGGUCAUUUAAGGUUUAAUUAUUUAGAAACAACGAAGGAUUUCACAUAAAAACUUCGUGAAAUGUUUCGCAGAAAACUAACAGCUCUAGAUUAUCACGAUCCCAGCGGGUUCGACUGCUCAGAUGAAACUCACUUCAGAAACUGCAUCGUGUGGCUGGAGGACCAGAAGAUCCGACACUACAAGAUCGAAGACCGGGGCAACCUUAGGAACAUCCCCAGCUCUGAGUGGCCCAAAGCCUAUGAGAAGUACCUGCAGGACCUGACCUGUCCAUUUGGAGUCCAGGAGCGUAAGGAGGCUUUGGACUGGUUACUGGGCCUGGCUGUGCGUUAUGAAUAUGGAGACAACGUUGAUAAGUAUAAAAACUGCCCGCCGCUGGCCGCUUCGGGGAACGGCGACAGAGCCGUGGAUCCUCUCAUCAACCUGGACAGCAGUUCUCCAGAUUUUAAAGCAGGAGUCACCGCUCUGGCGAACAUUUUAAAGAUCCAACGACAUGACGAUUACCUGGUCAUGCUCAAGGCUAUCCGCAUCCUGAUCCAGGAGAGACUUUCACCAGAGGCCAUCACAAAAGCCAACCAGAACAGAGAGGGAGUCCCGGUGGCUUUAGACAAACACGUUUUGGGUUUUGACACUGGAGAUGCGACCCUGAACGAGGCGGCCCAGAUCCUGCGCCUGCUGCACAUCGAGGAGCUACGAGAGCUGCAGACAAAGAUCAACGAGGCCAUCGUCGCCGUUCAGGCCAUCAUAGCCGACCCAAAGACGGACCACAGGCUGGGCAAGGUCGGCAGAUGAGGAGGAAGCAAAGGACUGAUGGAGAUUUUAUUUUUAUUUAAUUUUGAGAACAAAGGCCCUUCUUGUUUGCUGGGAUGGUUAAAGGGACAUAAAUGAUUCUGUUGUUGCAUCAGUUUUAAACAUCCAGGGUCAGAUGUUCAUUUACCGCUUGUUGUUCAGCAGGAAGCGGUGAGGUGGAUACUGUUGAGCUGGUGUUUUUCUCCACAGCGGGAAUAAAACGAUUAUUUUGAGUCGGUAAA